CCGGACUUUCUCCUGCCCCUGCAACAUGCGCCGCUCUUUUCUUGUUUCGUUGACGUGAUGAGGUGCCAUUGAUGGAUCGUCGCUUUUCUGUCCAUCACCCUCAUUGCGUUGGUGGACAGGCAAUAUCCCCUAUAGUACCCAGUCACUCCGUACAGUACAUGCACACACUGACAGGUCGCGUGAGGUGGAUUGCGUGCAUCCAGUGCUCUUUCUUGGUGCUAACCCCAUUGGCGAGCUUUCAGCGUUGCAUUCCAGGUUCUGCUGUUCCGGGCCUUCUUCUCCCGUCGGCAUCCUCUCGCCCAACAUCCCGGGCCAGCUCUGCCAGCCAAAGUCCAGCGGCAGGUGCUCUCGCAUUCGUCAAAUUGCACAAGGUGAGAUGACUUGACCACAGAAGAGGUCUGUGUGGAAGCGUCAUGCAGACAGUCAACACCCACGGCCGUCACGCCAGUCAACCGGGUAUCGGUCACCUCGCGGCCUCCAUUGAAAGUCCCAAUGGCAUGGGAUUAUUGUCUGGAACCGAGCACUUUAUACGAAAUUGCUCCCCAAAAUUGCUUCACCAACACCACACCAGCACCAUCCGUCACCAGGUGUUCCCCAUCAUGCAGGGGGGCAGCCUUCGGUACACCCUGUCCGCUUCGCCGUUUGGGUCGCCCCUCAGGAAGGCUGAUACCCAUGGAAGUUCCCCAGUUGAGUCCAUACCCCGCUCAUGGUGCAACGACGGACUGUCGACUAGCCCUGUUGGCAUUUUGAAGGAUUGCCCCCCUGGGCCUUGAUGGACUCCCCUCUUGAUCCGUGCUUGUUAACCGUCCUCAAGGGUCCGCCGAGGAGCGAUGGCCCGUCAUUGGAAGGGCUACUUGAACACCGGGUAUGCACGCACGGGAGUCUGUGGCCUUUUGCUUUCUUCUUUUGUUCUUUUGGGACUUCUGCCGCACCAUCUGACGACAACCUCUUUGGGCGGCAUCCAGCACACAGCAACACUGAGCAAGGUGGCAACAUCCCACCGAGAGUCAGGUCGCCAUGGCCCAACGACACCGGAUUAGAAAUGACUCGGCCUCGUCCUUUGAGGUCCCAGUUCAUGAGACCCCUCGCUUCCAGAGGGUAUACUGGACUCGGGAGCCUCAUCUACGCAAACUCUAUGGCAUGGCCGCGAUAUUGAUGGUGGCCUCGGCAACGACAGGCUACGAUGGCAUGUUGGUCAAUACCUCACAGCAAAUAGACCUGUGGAGGUACUUUUUCUUUCCCGAACUGAGGGACAAGCCGAAUGGGGAUCCUAUCCUGGAUAGCAAACUGGCCAUCUUGGUCAACAUGUUCAACAUUGGGUCCAUUCUGUCCUUCUUCAUAACGCCUCACGUGGCCGAUACCUAUGGGAGGAGAUCGGCCAUUGUGGCCGGCUGUCUGUUCAUGAUAGGUGGCGGUCUCUUGACUGCAUUUGCCAACGGCUAUGGGAUGUACAUGGGCGGCCGUUUCAUGCUUGGCUUUGGCAAUUCUCUUUCCCAAAUGGCAUCGCCGCUCUUGCUCACCGAAAUCUGUCACCCGCAACAUCGAGGUCCCGUCACGGCCGUGUAUAACUGUCUCUGGAAUGCUGGAGCGCUGCUUGUAUCAUGCAUCGCGUGGGGCACCGCCAACAUCAAAAACGACUGGUCAUGGAGGUCCAUCACCUUCCUGCAAAUCGUGCCGUCAUUGAUUCAACUUACGGGCAUCUGGUGGAUUCCCGAAUCGCCGCGCUAUCUCAUCAACAAGGAUAGACCUCAGGAGGCGCUACACAUCCUGUCCAAGUGGCAUGCCGGGGGAGACAUAAACAACGCCACCGUUCAGUUUGAGUACCGCGAGAUUCGUGAAACUAUCCGGAUUCAAAAGGAGAACGAACAGUCCACCAGCUACAAGGACUUUUUCCGAACCAAGGGAAACAGAUGGCGACUGGCCAUCAUCGUAUCACUGGGUGUUAUCUCCCAGUACAGUGGGAACGCUUUAUUCAGCAACUACAUCGACAUGAUCUACAGGGGAGCGGGCAUCAACGACCAGAACCAGAAGCUGGCCAUGUCCACCGGCAAGACCAUCCUCGAUCUCAUCAUCACCAUCACCGCGGCGCUCAACGUCGACCGAUGGGGCAGACGGCCAUUAUUCUUGGUAGCCAUGGUCGGCAUGGUCAUCUCGUUUCUCUGCUGGACAAUUACCGGAAUUGUUUACGAGCAUAGCAAUCCAACCAACCUCACUGCUGGCUAUGUGCAGCUCGUCUUCAUUUGGGUGUUUGGCAUCUUUUACGACAUUGGGUUUUCGGGCCUGCUGGUGGCCUAUGCUCUCGAGGUGUUGCCUUUCCACCUCCGAGCCAAGGGGAUGAUGAUCAUGAAUAUUACCGUGCAAGCUAUCUUGGCGCUGGGGAAUCAAACAAACAAAAUUGCAUGGGAAAGGCUACCAAAUCACUGGAAUCUCAUGCUGUUUUACACCAUCUGGAACUUUUUUGAGCUCCUGUUUGUGUGGUUCUUCUAUGUCGAGACUAAAGGGCCGACCCUGGAAGAAAUUGCCAAGAUUUUCGACGGAGAUGGUGCUAUUGCUCACAUCGACAUGCACCAAGUGCAAAAGGACAUCUAUCAGAAUACUCCAGACGAUCACGAUGAACUGCCAGGGAGGGCGUUAUAAUUUUUUCGAGACAGUUUUCUUAGUUCACUCCUUGGAUUGGUGCUGCAUAACCGGGCGUUUCAACGGGAUCAUAUUGGCAGGGUUUGGAAAAGGAAAACGGAAAGCAUUGGGGCAAUGACACAAGGCAUUUGGCACACAACUAUGAUACCACAGAUAUUGACGAACUCAGUAAAGAAGGUAGUUAAAUUGAUUUCUUCUAACAUUUG